AUGCUCAGGCGCAGUCUCCAUGUCCUAGAACUACAUGUCCAUGGCGGAGCGGCUACCGUCAAGGCAGUGCUAUCCGCGAUCCCACGAUGCUCCACAGCCCAGCGUAUCCGAUACGCCGAGCCUGGCGAGUUCACCAAGCGCGCCUUUUUCAACGACCGGCUCGACCUUGCUCAGAUCGAAUCCCUGAGCGACACGCUCGCCGCAGAGACGGAGCAGCAGCGCCGUGCGGCUGUACGCGGCAACUCGGGAGCUCUGGGUCGCCAAUACGAGGCGUGGAGGGAACAGCUGCUGCUCGCACGAGGGGAGAUUGAGGCGCUGAUCGACUUUUCCGAGGAUCAGCACUUUGAUGAGUCUCAGGCAGACUUGCUGCACAAUGUAACGACUCAGGUCGCAAGGAUGCUACACAGUAUCGAGCUACAUGAGCAGGGAAGCCAGCGGAGCGAGCUCCUCAGGAAUGGGAUCCGAAUCGCGCUGCUGGGGCCGCCCAAUGUCGGAAAGUCGUCCCUCAUGAACCUCAUUGUCGGACGGGAGGCAUCCAUCGUGUCCGGGGAGGCUGGCACGACCCGGGACAUCAUUGAGGCCAGCCUGGACAUCCGUGGCUAUUUAUGUUCGUUUGCGGACACGGCAGGAUUUCGCUCCAACGGUUCUGGGACGAUCAACGGGGAUGGUGGUGGCGCAAUUGGGGCCGUGGAAGAGGAGGGAAUCCGGCGAGCGAAGCAAAAGGCCAUGGAUUCAGACCUGGUCAUCGUGCUGGCGUCGGUUGAAGAUGGUCCUGGAGGAUCAUUUCUGCAGUACGAUGAGGAAACUCUGGACCUGGCUGCGGGGGCCGAAGAUUGUCUUAUUGUGGUCAACAAGCGUGACGCAGUUGACGCUGGGCAGUUUGAGAAGCUCGUCGAGGAAUUCCGUCGGACCGUCUCUGAAAAGGCCCCCAAGCUAGCGGCGGCUGAGCUCGUGUCCAUCUCGUGUAAGGAGGCUCAGACGUUGGGAUCGGAGAGCAAGGACCCAGGCGGCGUCCAAGCGGUGAUGGACCAGCUCGUGGGGUCCUUUGAGAAGAUGACAUCCAUGCCCGUCGAUCUCCAGGAUCUGCUGGGGGUCACGGAGCGGCAGCGGCAGCUCCUGGUCAAGUGCCGGGGUCACCUGCAAGACUUCAUGGCCGAGGCCACACCGGAGGAGGAGGGCAUGGAUGCGGACACGGUGCUCGCGGCCGAGUACCUCCGGUACGCCGCGGACUGCCUUGCCCGAAUCACGGGACGCGGGGAAUUCGGGGACGUGGAGGAUGUGCUUGGGGUUAUUUUCGAGAAGUUCUGUGUUGGUAAAUGA